UAUAAAUAGCACUUCUCCGUAAAAGACAUGGUCUGAUAUGCGCAGGUAUCCAGCCCGUUUGCGCGCCGUGUCGCUACGAGCGUGGACCAUUCAUUUGCCUGUUGCUUGUAAGCUGGUAAUUUUCCACCAGCCACGAGUGGGAGUGGUUACUCGGUCAUGUACGCACGAGGUUAGGGAAAGCGACCCGCACUGCAAGAUUUGGUUUCAGCGGUAUCAAAGUGGACCAUGGACUUUAUAAAUAUGAAGUGACACCAUCAGCAACACGGGGACGUUUGUGCGCAUUUAUCUGAAUUAGGAAAGCGGUGCGCGCGUAGAGAGGACUGGAGCGGUGAAGUGAGGAUGCGAGCAUGACAGCGUUUUUUCUGCUCCCUCUGCGUCACGUGGGCCAGAGCGCAGGACUUGAUGGAAAAAUACUGGAUUUGCUGAUGGUGAGUGUCCUUGCUCUGUCCAGACAGCGGCUUACACAUCCACUACUGUGUCAUUAACCAACACAAUCCUAUUAUCACCAUGACUCACCUGUAACACAGGACCCAUACUCAGACGCCGUGAGACAGUCUGACAAAGAAGUGGUUCUCGUUCCUGCCAUUCCUACAGCACACUCACAUGGACAAGGUGGUGAAGUGUCUUGCCCAUGAGCACAAUAGGAGCAAGCACCUUAUGAAACUACAAGUACAGGUGAGAGUGAGGUGGCUUCUGACCUCUGACCUUGGACCUCCAGGAUGAGCUUUGAGGAGUUCCUUCAUCUUCCUCUGAAUGUUUACAUCAUCAUCAUCGGCAUCGGGCUGUUUCUGCUGCUGCCCUGCCUCGUCUUCUGCUGCUGCUUCAUCAGAGUGAGACGAGAAGCAGCGCGGCAGUAUGUUUAUAACAAGGUGGUUUUGAAAGGAGCUGGCAAGAAAAUGGGUCUACUUGGGCAAACGUGCGCCGUGUGUCUGGAGGAGUUUAGGACCAAGGACGAGCUGGGAGUGUGCCCCUGUUCCCACGCCUUCCACAAAAAGUGCCUUUUAAAGUGGCUGGAGGUCAGAAGUGUGUGCCCUAUGUGCAACAAACCAGUGUGCCGCCUGCACCCGGAGCCUCCCCCUGACCCAGAGCAAGGGUAGAGCGCCCCCUGCUGCAACGGAGGAGCACAGACUGUUUACACGUGUACCCAGAGCCCCAAAGUGACCCAGAGCACGGAUAGAGUGCCACCUCCUGUCCCUAUACUGCAACAGAGGAGCACAGACUGUUUACAUCUGCACCCAGAGCCCCAAAGUGACCCAGAGCACGGAUAGAGCGCCACCUACUGUCCUUACACUGUACCAGAGGAGGACAGACACAACUGUGACAUGGAGCUGAGGGAGAGUGCUGUAACAGACUCCUCUAAUGUACAGAGAAUGAGGAGGAUAGACUGUUUACAUCUGCUCCCGGGGGUAGAGCGCCCCCUACUGUCGCCCUUCUGUAACACCACACAGACUGUUUACAUAUCGCACAGAGCCCUGGUGCCUUAAGGACUGAUGGAUGUUUAUGGUGCUGGUCUUUCCUAAAGCAGAACUGCUGGACCCUGCGCUCGUCGGCCUCUUAAGACAUUUACAGCCUUAAAGGUGCAAUUAAAAGUUCAUUAGUCGAUUAAACCAUUUUCUUUGUAUGUUUUAAAUAGAGGGACCUUAUUCUGGUCACCACGCCCUCCGUCGCGACUCCAGACAGAUUCAGACAUCAUCCAUUUCCAAUCACAUUUGUUUAUUUCAGGAAUGCAUAGGCUCUAUUCAGGCUUACGUCACAAACCAGGAAUAUGUUUGGAAACAUGCAAUAACAACUUCCGGUGUAGUUCCCAAUACUGGGCUCACCGACCGACUGUGAUCAAACCCACUGAAGUAAAUGUGAUCAGUGGUAAAAUAAAGACUGCAGACGUAUGUGCUGUUUGGAAUCAUCCGGAAUUUGGUGCCUCGUCUCUUCUAAUCACAUGUACCCUGUGCGCUCAGAGUUGUGUGUCAGUGGGGAAAUGAUCAAAACUGAGCUAUGGUUAUAACUAGGGAUGUAACAAUAACCGAAAUAUCGUGAUAUCCUAUCGUCAGAGUUCUUACAAUAAUAUCGUGGACCAUCACAAUAUAUCGAAUUACAAGUCUCUUUGUUUAAAUGAAGAGUUAUGGUGCAGCAAGAGCUAAGAAAAAACAGAGGCAACUACAUAGACCAUGAUCCUUUGCUCCAUUUCAAUGCGGACUACAAGAAGAAAUAACAGUUCUAACACUUUUGAGUCUUAGUUCUUUGGAUUAAGUCUUGUCAAGGCAUUUUAAAGGAAAAAGUAGUAUAUUAACACUUUUAUUAGCUCCACAAAAUAUCACAAUACCAAGAGAUUUGGAUAUUGUUACAUCUCAUAUCGUGAGCUUUCCCACGAUAUCGUAAUAAGUAUCGUACCGUGAGGUUCAUACCGUGACGAUAUCGUAUCAUGAGACUUGGAUAUCGUUGCACCCCUAGUUAUAACUGUUGAUGAGUGGAACACAGCGGAACACCACAUGACACGGAGAUGAAGAAAACUGGGACAUUUUCCGAUUUUUCCUAGAUUUUGUCAGACUUACUACCACGAACAGAGCCUGUUGGAAUUUGUCAUCGCAUGUUUCCAAACGUCUUCCAGGUUUGUGACGUAAGUGUGAAAAGAGCGCAUUGGUCACCCAUCAUUUAGAAACAAAAUCACAUGUGUCACCCCUCAAAUGGAAAAAGUUUAGUUUUUGUUUUACUCAUCGUUUCUGUGGAAACCUGCCGUUUUUCAGUCCCCUGUCAUAUUUGCUUUCUUUUUCACCCUCAUAAUGAGACAUAAUUGUUUUGAUACACCCAUACUAGGGGUAUGCAUUACCUUGAGUCUGACGAUACAAAACAUAUCAUGAUUCACAUGUCAUGAUUCAAUAUAUCCCGAUACUAAAACAAUGGAUGAUGUUGCGAUUUAUGAAUAAUUACUUCUAAUAAUACAGUCAACUACACCUUUAAGGGAACACAAUUGUAUGAAAUAUAACUUUAUAUUUUUAUUUUUAAAUCAUGAGAACAGUGAAUGUAACUAAUGAAUUUUUGUGAAAAUUUUAAAAUCGAUUUGGAUCUAUUUUGAAUCAAUUCCAGAAUGGUGCAAUGAAGUAUCAGGAUAUAUCAUUGAAUUGAUUUUUUUUCUUACACCCCUCGUACAUAACAUGCGUGUUCCUGAUUGGCUAAUCCACCUGUCAAUCAUGCCCAUCUGAAUCUUCAUUGGGAAAACUGGAAAUUCUAGAGAAAGGAAACUACCGUGCAACUUUGAGAAAAACAAAUACACAAAAAUAAAAGCAUCUUUAUUUCAUUUUAGUUCUUUUAAUUGCACUGAAAAACUGUCAGUAGUCGUUACUCUGAGCAGGCUUUCAUGUCCACAAACCUGGCCUCUUCCUGUUUGUUUCCAUGGAGAUGUUGCUGUUCCUGUGGGUCUAACAUUGCACAGUAUGUCAUAAAAUAUUUGUUUAUCUAUCUAUCUACAUGGAGAAUAUUUUGAAGUAUGUUUUUAACUUGACAUGCCACCUCCAGAAAGUUACACGGUGCUACUUUAACCAGCUGUAACCUUCAUUUCUUCAUGUUUUGAUUAGAAACUAUAUAUAGUAGAUACACCCAUAGAAAACCCAUUCAGUCACAGGGAGAACAUGCAAGCGGAAUUUUGAAAUAGUCAUAAAAUCUUUGUUUUCGCCACAGCCUUAAACCAAAGCUAAUCUUCUGAACGCCUCGACAGCAGCUCUGCUUUUGGAAAACAUUUGACAAUCUCCAGAUUUCUGUCCAAUUUGCACCGUUCAGACAUGAAAAGGACAGAUUAUGGACUGGGAAACCUCUGCAGCCAAAUGUGAAAUCUUAUGACAUAGUUUUGGCUUUUGAAGAAGUCUUUAUGGACCCGGGACUUCAAAUGGAACUCGAAAUAUGCAGCGGAAACCAAAAACAUUAAGAAGAUUGUAAAACUUCUGUUGUUUAAAGUGGAGAAGGGAAAGCAGGGGAAACUCGAUGACACAUUUAGUGAAAUACUGUAUAAUGUAGUUUUAAAGAUUGAACUAAACGGGACUCACUGGUUUUAAGUUAUUUCUAAUGUUGUUUUUUUGUCUAACUGGUUUCAAUAAAGACUCGUGUGUUUGUCAAA